AUUGCUGUUGCGAAGUUGAGUACGCGAGUAAAACAACUGGAAAGAGUAGAGUGGCCAAACCAAACGAGUCUCUGUCACGACGUCACUUCUCUACUGAAAUAACAACACUGAGAAAUAGAAUCGAGAUUGAAAUCGAAAUAGCUUUCUCUGCCAUAUAAUAAAAAAUGGAAAUCGUUCCGAUUCCCGCAGAUUCCUACACUCUCGGCUUCAUCGGCGCCGGAAAAAUGGCCGAGAGCAUUGCCAGAGGCGCCGUUCGGUCCGGCGUUUUGCCACCUUCUCGCAUCCGCACCGCUCAUUCUAACCCCGCUCGCCGCGCCGCCUUCGAAUCCUUCGGCGCCACUCUCCUCCCUUCAAAUGAAGACGUCGUUCGAGAGAGCAACGUCGUCGUUUUCUCGGUCAAACCUCAGUUAGUGAAAGACGUGGUGGUGAAAUUGAGGCCGCUUCUGACGAAGAACAAGCUUUUGGUUUCGGUUGCUGCUGGAGUCAAGCUGAAGGAUCUUCAGGAAUGGGCUGCGAGCGACAGAUUUAUAAGAGUAAUGCCUAAUACGCCUGCUGCUGUUGGCGAGGCAGCAUCAGUUAUGAGCUUGGGGGGAGCUGCAACAGAUGAAGAUGGAAAUGUUAUAGCCAAAUUAUUCGGGUCAAUUGGCAAAAUAUCAAAAGCUAAUGAAAAGUUUUUUGAUGCAAUAACUGGGCUGAGUGGCAGUGGUCCUGCUUAUAUUUAUUUAGCAAUAGAGGCUUUGGCUGAUGGAGGAGUAGCAGCUGGUCUACCACGCGAUCUUUCAUUAAGUUUGGCUUCUCAAACUGUAUUGGGAGCAGCAUCAAUGGUCACCCAAACUGGGAAGCACCCGGGACAGCUUAAGGAUGACGUUACUUCUCCGGGUGGGACAACAAUUGCAGGCAUUCAUGAGUUGGAAAAAGGCGGGUUCCGUGGAACACUAAUGAAUGCUGUUGUUGCUGCUGCUAAGCGCAGCCGAGAGCUUUCCUGAAUCUAGAUGAUGACGAUUCUGCAUUUUAAUACUAAAAUUUGAUUUCAGAAGAAUUUUCAGUUUUAUUAUGUGAACUUAGGGCUCUUCUUUUAGAUGAGUAAAUCUUGCUAGAAUGUUUGGCCAUUGUAACUUUGUUGUCCUUUUUCUAACACUACUCCUCACGAAAGGGUGGGCCAAUUAGCAUAGCAUGGUAGUCAUUUCCGGCUAGCAUCCUGAAUACGUACGUAGGCAUGUCAAUGGUUGAUGUUUCUUUACAGGAGAGUACAAAAGAGUGAAAUAAAACACAUGGCCACCAAGAGUUGCAACC